AUGUCGACAGCCACACAAACAACCCCUCCGUCCGAAAGGACACUACAAGAGAAGAUAAAGCACCUCGGUGAUCUCGUCAGAGAUCCCAAAUCGGACUUGGGCUCUGAUGAAUUGCCGCAUCUUCCUGAGCUCAUUGACGAUUGGUACAAUACCGAUGUUGAUGUCACCAAGGAAGAGUUUCAUCAAAGAAUCUUACGAGUCUUUAAAGAUUCCAAGCAUGAGCAGGUAUAUAAUGGCGUUAUGAACCAAUUGCCUAGUGAAACGCGAAAGGUUCUCGAGGCUUUCAUCGAAGGCGAUAAGACUGCUGAUCAAGCUGGAAAAGCUAUCAAGGAGGUUGCGCCUUUGGAGCUGGGAGUGUCGGGUAUCAGCUCUCAUGUUCAGACCUUCUCUAUGAUGGCACAGCAGGUAACUCCUCCUACCAAGACCAAGGGCAAGGAAACCAAGGACUUGACCUUCCAGAAUUGGGGCCGCACUGUCAAGAAUACUCCUACGGUCACGUAUUACCCCGAAACCGUCGCUGAGAUCAUCGAGAUUGUUCGUCAUGCUGUUGCGAAGAACAAGGGCAUUCGUGUCGCCGGUUUCCGACACUCAUGGGCGCCCGUUUUCGGAAGGAGUAACAAGGCUGGCCAGUCUACCAACGGCGAUGUGUUAAUCUCCACGUUGACUGAGACCAACGCAAGCAGGCUGCCCAAUCUCACAUCAGUUCCCACCAACCUCUUCCAGCCCAAGGACACGGAACUCAACGCGAUCAACGUAAUCACUGACCCCAGGUUUGUAGGAGCUUCGGCUCUGAAGAAUGGCAGGAAGUAUGUCCAGGUCGGAACGGCGACAACGAAUGAAAGGUUCCGACGGUGGUGCAUCGAUACGGGAAAUGUCACUUUGCCUAUGAAUAUUAUUGAGGUCGAGAUAACAUUUGGCGGUAGCAAUGCCACAAUUUGUCACGGCGCGGGCAUCAACAACCCAACGCUGAGCGACCUCGUCCGACGAAUCGACUACAUCGACGUCAACGGCCAAGAACGCUUCGUCAACAUGUCCGACCCCACACUUCUCAAAGCCGCAAGUGGCUGUUUCGGUCUUCUCGGCGUCGUCACCUACAUCACCUUUGAAUGUGAUGCCAUGUGCACCGCCGUCAUGCGUCCCGUCAAACUAGAUGUUAUCGAUGCUAUUCCCCCGCCGCCCGAAAUGAAGGACUCGGAAAUCCCUGCUGCCCUUCGCCAAAAGCGCACGGAGGCUCAAAAGGACAACGCAGUACGUGAGUUUGAGCGUCGUGCGAAUGAGGACUUUUAUGCAGAGUGGUUCUGGUUUCCUUACUCGCAGCAGGUCUGGGUUAAUACCUGGAAGACGGACACUGACACCAAGAACGUGGUUAACUACCCCAGUAAUGCAAAGACUUUGUAUCAGGUUGCCAGCACGGCGAUUAUGAAUAUGGCGCAAGAGAUUGGUAAACAUAUCUAUGCUUUGCAGGUUGCGCCUCAGACGCAGACCUCGCUCCUUUCUUGGCUCGCAGUGAAGAACUUUGACGAUGUCAAAGGAACCAACGAAUCAAUCAGAACGCUGCUGCCUAAUGCUCUUCAUUUCCAACGCGGCGUUCAGAACAUUCGGGUCCGGAAUCUGGAAGUCGAGAUGGCCCUUGACUCAAAGAAGGACAAGCCAACUGAGAGAGACUACACCAACGUGAGACGUGCUUGGUGGGACGUCAUCAAGACAUGCUACGCCAACGCCAAAACAUCCCCUAUGCGAAUGCCAAUGGAGAUGCGAAUAAUGGGGUCCAGCGAAGUCACCCUCGCGCCACAGCGAGGCAACAAGCUCGGAACAUGCGCCAUUGGCAUCCUAACACUCGAGGCUGUAUCCGAUAUCUGGGUACCCUAUGUGCAACAGGUCCUCGACAAAUGGACGAGCUACAAGACGAAUGAUGGCAGACCCGUGGUGGUAAAGCCUCAUUGGGCGAAGGAAUGGUAUAUGUACAAGGUUGGUGGUAAGCCUUGGAUGGAGAAGCUAGUUAAGGAGGAUUACAAGGAGGAAAUUGCUGAGUUUCAGACGCUUAUGGCUGCUAUUGGGAAGAAGCAUGGUUGGACGCUUGGGGAUAUCAAGAGGACGUUUUCGAAUGAUGUUCUUGAUAAUACCUUCUUGGGCGGCGUUAUUACCUCCAAGCCACAGCAGGUUGGGAAGUCGGAGAAGAUUGUUCAGGUUCAGGUGAAUGAAGUUCCUGUGGAUACCGUCUCGGAGGUAUCUAACUGA